AUGGCGGACCAUACUCGUCGCGUAUGCGACAAUUUACGAAGACUGCUCGGCAUCCGCCAAAGCGAAGAUGGGGUAAAGGUGGAUGCGAAGCCUUCCAUUCGUCAGACCAAGGCUGUAAUGAGCCGCAUGCAGGCGAGCGUGGACACUCUUCAUCGGCCACUCGAGCAGGGGAAAGUCAUCUACGGUAUUGACGUAAAGGUUCAACCCAUGCUAAGCAUUAGAGCAGGAGUAAACACUGGAGUUGGUGACAAUGCAUACACGCGAGCAAAGCUUCUCACCACCCUUCAACACUCGGUCUGCCAGCAUCAUCAAGCCGGAAUUCUCUUAAUCGACCAGGAUCACAUCUCGCCUACCUGUGGAUCUGUCCAGCAUAGCCUCGCGGAGGACAUUGUACGAGGGAUGAUCCUGGUCCACUUGUUCGUCCCCAGCAGCCAGAUUGCACCAACGACACCAGCAGGAGCCAUCUCUGCCUAUUGUAGAGUCUGGAAGCCGGGGGCCGGGAUGACCAAAGAAGCAGCCCAGCCAGUCGAUCCCGCUGAUUUAGCCGACAGGAAGAAAUAUGGCCACGGCGGCAGUGCCAUCCGAGCCCCCCAGCGCGGUUCAAGCAGAAAACGGCGACUCGAUACCAAACGUGUUAGGGAUAUGACGUUCGAUGAGCGUUUGAUUUCCCAGGGACUCGGGAAUCUAUACGGGUACUCCCCGGGAAGAUAUCCCCAUGCAGCGCGAAUUGAGCUGGUGGUUCUUCAGCGAAUGAUUUUAUACGACUUACAGCGACAACGGGUCGCCGCGACUGCAGAAAUCGCACGAUCGUACGAGGCUAUGGCUGCGGUUCGGAACUUUGAUUUCAUGACCGAGCGUCACAGACUCGCGCACGAAAAUGACGAGAGGGACUUGUUCUUGAUCACCACCGAUGAUCCGUCCAGCUAUCAUCUCAUGAACGAUCAUCUUAUGUUACCGAAAAGAUUUGACCACAGAUACUUCGAUGAGGACAUUUCGCCGGGCCACAUGGGGCUUUGUGGUGGUCUAGCCCUGAUCGCGCCGAUGCUGCUGAUGGUCCUCCACAACGAUACGCCCACGACACUUGCGACGGCUAGUGCAGCCACCAUUAUCUUUGCGCUGGGCCUCGCAUGGUUUGGAGAAGACCUCGACGGGAAAGAUGUUUUGGCCUCUGUAGCGGCGUACGCCGCGGUGAUGGUGGUCUUCAUAGGAACUUCCUCCUGA